AGUGCAGAGCUUGCACUGAUGAAAGACUGGAUAAAGGAAGACGCUCAGACAAAAGCGAUCAUCGGAAGGAGACUCUCACCCGUCGUUCAGAACAUCCUCGGUGAAAAAUUGACCGCUCGCCAGCAGUGGGAGAUGCUAUCAAAACGCUUUGCCUGCCUUGACGUCACCUCACAGUACGAACUCCGUUCCCAACUCUUCUCCGAAAGAUUGAAGGAUCCAGAUGAUGCCUCACGGUACCUAGGAGUGUUUGAGAACAGACGUCGCAGGUUUGCAGAGAUGGGCGUCACCUUCACGGAUGGAGAAAGUAUCUUCAUGUUCCUCAAUGGACUUCCUGAAACGCCUCAGUGG